AUGCUAUCGAGAAGUCACAUCGCGAUUCUGUUGAGCACAUUAUGUUUGACAAAAGCUUGCGGCCCUGAUGCUCAGCCGGCGAGAACUGGAAUAAUCAAACUUACGGUUAUCCCGUCGGUGGGAUGGACAUAUUAUGAUGCUGAACCAACGGCCAUCAAUUCGGAAACCACAAGUCCGGAGCCGGCAAUGAGUAUCGGCGGUGGCCAGACUGACGAUAAAACCGUCGCAAAACAAACAAUCCAGGACAACAUUGAAGUGGAUGUCUUCCACGUGCUCCAAAACCUCAAAAUCAUGGCUACCGUCAAAACGACAAAUACUUUCGAUCCAAUAAUGGCCGACAAAUUACUUCCACUAGAAUGCAAGCCAGCUGAAUUAAUCACGGAUAUCGUCGAUUGCAGCCCGGAAAGCGACGCCGAGAUGUCAGGGGAUAUCGUCAUCCAACUUGAAACGGCAAUUCCGGAGGGUGAAUUCGAGACCAUACUUCAAGGGGUCGUCGAUGAGCUGAUAGAGCAAAGCCGGGCUAGAAUCGUCAACAACGAGUUUUCGUACAAGGCU